AUGGCGGCAGUCACCGGCACCUUGAACGCCCUUAACCAGACUCAGGGCUAUUUCGAAGUCCUCGAGGAAGUCACCAAGUACAAUGUUCAGCUCAGCUACUUGGAGAAGCUCUGGGCCGCAUGGUACCUCUACAUGCAAAAUGAUAUCCUCGCAACCGGUGUCAUGAGCUUUGUCAUCCACGAGCUUAUCUAUUUCGGUCGUUGCAUUCCCUACAUGGCGAUGGACUACAUCCCCUACUUUGAAAAAUACAGGAUCCAGAAGCAAAAGGUUCCCACCCUGAGAGAACAGUGGGACUGCGCCCUCAUCGUCCUUGUCAGCCACUUUACCGCCGAGCUUCCUCAGAUCUGGUUCUUCCACCCUGUUGCCACCUGGUGUGGUAUCGAAUACGGCGUACCCUUCCCUUCUUGGUUCACAAUGGCCUGGCAGAUUACGGUCGCCUUUAUCUUGGAGGAUGCCUGGCACUACUGGUUCCACCGUACUCUUCACUACGGUCCUCUUUACAAGGCCAUCCACAAGAUGCACCACACCUACUCUGCUCCCUUCGGUCUUGCUGCUGAGUAUGCUUCUCCUAUUGAGACCAUGCUUCUCGGUAUCGGCGUUGUUGGGGCCCCCCUCGUCAUUCUGUACUUUACUGGUGAACUCCACCUCUUCACCAUGUAUGUCUGGAUCACCCUUCGUCUCUUCCAGGCCAUCGAUGCCCACAGCGGUUACGACUUCCCCUGGAGCUUGCGCCACUUCCUCCCCGUCUGGGCUGGUGCCGAGCACCAUGAUCUCCAUCACGAGAAGUUCAUUGGCAACUACGCCUCCAGCUUCCGCUGGUGGGACUACUGCCUUGACACCGAGGCCGGCGCCGAGGCUCACAAGCGUAGACGCGAGAAGAAGAUGGCCCAGAUCAAGAGCAAGAAGGCUCAGUAA